AUGGAUAUUUCUAAACCUGUUGGUUCAGAAAUCUCUUCUGUUGAUUUUGGUAUUCUUACCUCUGCUGAUAUUAGAAAUCUAUCAGCAAAGAGAAUUACCAAUCCAACUGUUUUGGAUAACCUAGGUCAUCCAAUCUCUGGUGGUUUGUAUGACUUGGCAUUAGGUGCCUUUUUGAGGAACUUGUGUGGUACAUGUGGUCUUGAUGAAAAAUUCUGUCCUGGUCAUCAAGGUCAUAUUGAACUACCUGUCCCAUGUUACAAUCCUCUAUUCUUUAACCAAUUGUACAUCUACUUGAGAUCAGCUUGUUUGUUCUGUCAUCAUUUCAAGCUAAAAUCCUUAGAUGUCCACAGAUAUGCAUGUAAAUUAAGACUCUUGCAAUACGGUCUAAUUGAUGAAUCAUAUCAAGUCGACAGCAUUCAACUGGAUAACGUUCUUGAUUCUAUGGAAGCUGUUGAAGAUGACGGUGAAGGUGAAAACAAGAAUGACAUGUCUGCAACUCUUUCAAAAGAACUAAAGCAGAAACGUAAAGAGUUCGUUGACAUUUCUAUCGCAAAGGCCAUCUCAGAAGGCAGAACUUCUGAAAGAGGUACUUUCACCGCUACUGUUAACGAUGAGAGAAAGAAACUUCUGCAUGAGUUCCACAAGAGACUUCUAAUGAGACCAAAGUGUGAUAACUGUGGUAUGUACUCUCCCAAGUUUAGAAAGGAUGGUUUCACAAAAAUUUUUGAGACCGCUCUGAAUGAGAAGCAAUUGACCAAUAAUAGAGUCAGAGGUUUUGUUCGUCGUGAUAUGUUGAAGAAGAAAGAGCAAAGCGACAAACUUGCAGGUAAAGAAACCUCAGAAGACUCCUUUGACAUUGGUAGAAAUCCAAGCACCAGACCAAAAACUGGUUCAACUUACGUAUUGUCAACUGAGAUUAGAAACAUUUUACGUUCUGUUUUCCAAAAGGAACAACAAGUGUUGCAGUAUGUUUUCCACUCUAAACCUAACCUAUCAAGAAAGUUGGUGAAGGCUGACAUGUUUUUCAUGGAUGUUUUGGUUGUUCCUCCAACCAGAUUCCGUCUACCUUCCAAGCUCGGUGAUGAAGUGCAUGAAAACUCUCAAAAUCAAUUGCUUUCUAAGAUUUUAACCACUUCAUUACUAAUCAGAGACUUGAAUGAUGAGCUAUCUACGUUGCAGAAAGAUAAGGUUUCUCUGGAAGACAGAAGGAUAAUUUUUAGUAGGUUGAUGAAUGCGUUCGUCACAAUCCAGAACGAUGUCAAUUCCUUUAUUGACUCGACAAAAGCUCAAGGUAAUACUGGUGGUAAAGUCCCAAUUCCUGGUGUUAAGCAAGCGUUGGAAAAGAAGGAAGGUUUGUUUAGAAAGCAUAUGAUGGGUAAGCGUGUGAACUAUGCUGCCCGUUCCGUUAUUUCACCAGAUCCUAACAUUGAAACGAAUGAAAUUGGUGUUCCACCAGUCUUUGCCACAAAGUUAACCUAUCCAGAACCUGUAACUUCUUACAACAUUGCUGAAUUGAGACAAGCCAUUAUAAACGGUCCAGAUAAAUGGCCAGGUGCUUCUCAAAUUCAGAAUGAGGAUGGGUCAUUGAUCUCUUUGGUUGGCAUGACUCUCGAACAACGUAAAGCCUUGGCCAAUCAACUGAUGACCCCAUCUUCAAAUCCUUACACUCACACCUUGAAUAAGAAAGUUUAUCGUCAUAUCAAAAAUAGAGAUAUUGUGUUAAUGAAUCGUCAACCAACCCUGCAUAAAGCUUCUAUGAUGGGUCAUAAAGUUAGGGUUUUGCCAGGUGAGAAGACACUUCGUUUGCAUUAUGCCAACACUGGUGCUUACAAUGCAGAUUUUGAUGGUGACGAAAUGAAUAUGCACUUUCCACAAAACGAAAAUGCAAGAGCUGAAGCUUUUAACUUGGCAAAUACUGAUUCCCAGUAUUUAACUCCUACUUCUGGUUCUCCAGUUAGAGGUUUGAUUCAAGAUCAUAUUUCUGCUGGUGUCUGGUUGACUAACAAGGACAGUUUUUUCACAAGAGAACAGUAUCAGCAGUAUAUUUAUGGUUGUAUACGUCCAGAAGAUGGACAUGCUACAAGAGCCAAGUUAGUAACAUUGCCUCCAGCUAUUCACAAACCUAUUCCUCUGUGGACUGGUAAGCAGAUUAUUACAACUGUUUUAUUAAAUGUCACCCCACCUGAUAUGCCAGGUAUAAAUCUGAAAUCAUCAAAUAAGAUCAAAAACGAAUAUUGGGGCAAGCAUUCUGAGGAAAAUGAUGUUAUUUUCAAGGAUGGUCAACUACUAUGUGGUAUUCUAGAUAAGUCUCAAUAUGGUGCUUCUAAAUAUGGUAUCGUGCACUCCUUACAUGAAGUUUAUGGUCCAGAAACAGCAGCAAAGGUUCUUUCUGUUUUGGGUAGAUUAUUCACCAACUAUAUUAUGAAUACUGCUUUCACUUGUGGUAUGGAUGAUUUAAGAUUAACUUCUGAUGGUAACAAGUGGAGAUCUGAUAUUCUUAAAGAAUCUGUUGAUAUUGGCAGACAAGCUGCAGCAGAGGUUACCAACCUUGACAAGGAUACGCCAUCUAAUGAUCCGGAAUUACUGAAACGUUUGGAAGAAAUUCUUCGUGACAAUAACAAGUUAGGUAUUUUGGAUGCAGUCAGUUCUGCGAAAGUUAACACAAUUACUUCUAAGGUUGUUUCUCAAUGUGUCCCAGGCGGUACAAUGAAGAAAUUCCCUGAGAACUCUAUGCAAGCCAUGGCAUUAUCUGGUGCUAAAGGUUCUAAUGUUAAUGUUUCUCAAAUUAUGUGUUUGUUGGGUCAACAAGCUCUGGAAGGUAGAAGAGUCCCAGUUAUGGUUAGUGGUAAGACUCUACCAUCUUUCAAACCAUACGAAACUGAUGCAAUGGCCGGUGGUUAUAUUAAAGGACGUUUCUACUCCGGUAUCAAACCACAAGAAUAUUAUUUCCAUUGUAUGGCUGGUCGUGAAGGUUUGAUUGAUACAGCCGUCAAGACUUCUAGAUCCGGUUACUUGCAACGUUGUUUGACUAAACAAUUGGAAGGUGUUCAUAUAUCCUACGAUAACAGUGUUAGAGAUGCUGACGGUACAUUGAUUCAAUUCUUGUAUGGUGGUGAUGCGGUUGAUGUUAUUAAGGAAUCGCACAUGACAGAAUUUAACUUCUGUUUGGAUAACUACGACGCUCUAUUAAAGAAAUACAACCCAUCCGCUCUUGUUGAACAUGUUGACGUUGAGACUGCCUUGAAAUACUCCAAGAAAACUCUGAAGAAUAGAAAGAAACAUAAGGAUGAGAAGCAUUACAAGCAAACUUUGAAAUAUGAUCCAGUUUUGAGUAAAUAUAACCCUGCUAAAUAUUUGGGUGCUGUUUCUGAAAAUUUCCAAGAUAAAUUAGAACUAUUUUUGGAUAAGAGCUCGAAGACCUUUAAAGAAUACGAAAGUAUUAAUGAAAAGAAAUUUAGAGCAUUGAUGCAACUAAAAUAUAUGAGAUCUUUGAUAAACCCUGGUGAAGCUGUUGGUAUCAUAGCAUCUCAAUCUGUUGGUGAACCUUCAACACAGAUGACGUUAAAUACUUUCCACUUUGCAGGUCACGGUGCUGCUAAUGUGACUUUGGGUAUUCCCCGUAUGAGAGAAAUUAUUAUGACAGCUUCUGCUGCUAUCAAAACGCCUCAAAUGACCUUGCCAAUCUGGAAUGAUGUUUCCGAUGAGACUGCUGAUACUUUCUGUAAGUCCAUUUCUAAGGUUAUCUUAUCUGAAGUUAUCGACAAGGUUACGGUUACUGAAACUGCUGGUUCUAGCCGUUCAUAUGUAAUCAAUAUGAAGUUCUUUGAUGAGUCAGAGUAUAAUGAAGAAUAUGAUGUUUCUAAGCAAGAGCUACAGACUGUCAUUGCUGAGAAGUUCUUACGUUCUUUGGAAGCUAUAAUUGUGAAAGAAAUCAAAAAACAAAAGAAGGUUUCUUCCUCCGAUAUUGGUAUGGCUGUUCCUAAAGCGCAAACAACCAUGGGUGCUGUUGAAGGCUCAUCAAAGAAGAUGGAUGAGGACAAUGAUGAAGAGCAAUAUCAUAACAAGACUAAGCAAGCAGUUUCUUAUGAUGAACCAGAUGAGGAUGAGAUUGAAACAAUGAAGGAAGCAGAAAAAUCUUCUGAUGAAGAAUUAGAUUCUGAUAUGGAGUCCAAAUCUGAAUCUUCCGACUCAGAAGAUGAUGACGAAGACGUUAACAUGGACGAAUUCGAAUCCCAUAUCGCAGAAGCUAACAAUAACAUGAGCAAGGAUCAACGUGAUCGUCAAUCUGCCAUUAUUACAAACCAUAAAUUUGUUACGAAGUAUAACUUUGAUGACAAGUCUGGUAAGUGGUGUGAAUUCAAACUGGAAUUGGCUGCUGAUACUGAAAAGCUGUUGAUGGUUAACAUUGUUGAAGAUAUCUGCAGAAAAACUAUUAUAAGGCAAGUACCUCACAUUGACCGUUGUAUCCGUCCAGAACCAGAAAAUGGCAAGAGAGUUCUAGUUACUGAGGGUGUUAACUUCCAGGCUAUGUGGGAUCAAGAAGCUUUCAUUGAUGUUGACGGUAUUACUUCCAAUGAUAUUGCAUCAGUCUUGCAGACAUAUGGUGUUGAGGCUGCUAGAAACACAAUUGUCAACGAAAUUAACAACGUUUUCUCUCGUUAUGCAAUUUCUGUUUCCUUCCGUCAUUUGGAUCUAAUUGCUGAUAUGAUGACAAGACAGGGUACAUACUUGGCCUUUAACAGACAAGGUAUGGAAACGUCUACAUCCUCCCUAAUGAAGAUGUCCUACGAAACAACCUGUCAAUUCUUGACAAAGGCUGUUUUGGAUAACGAGCGUGAACAGUUAGAAUCUCCAUCAGCCAGAAUUGUUUUAGGUAAAUUGAACAAUGUUGGUACCGGUGCUUUUGAUAUCCUAUCGAAAGUAUCAAACUAA